AUGGCUUCGUCAACUCUUCCUCCAACUCGGUCGGUCAUCCGCAACGUCGUCCGUCACUACUCGGCCCCCGUCGACUCGUCCAUCCCAGCCUCAAAAAUAAAAUACAUUCCGACAUCAGGAACCUAUCCCAAAGGCUUCAAAGUCUCAGGAACCCACGUCGGUGUCAAGCCAGCCAAUAAAUCCCGCCCGGACCUAGCGUUGAUCGCCUCCGACCGGCCAGCGUUCGGUGCCGCAGUCUUCACCACGAAUAAGUUUCAAGCCGCCCCUGUGCAAGUUAGCAGGUCUGUACUAGAAAAGCGUGGUGGUACAGGAUUGAGGAGUAUUAUCAUCAACUCCGGAUGCGCCAACGCUGUGACAGGUGUGGGUGGCAUGGAAGAUGCUCGUGCCAUGUCUGAGACGGCGAGUUCACAAUUCCAGGACUCGAUGACGCCAGCUUCUGAUCCCCUUGGCUCGAAUAGUCUUGUCAUGUCGACCGGUGUGAUCGGCCAAAGACUUCCCACCAAAAAAAUUCUGUCUAAAAUUCCCACGGCAUAUUCAAAUCUCGACGAUUCGCACCACGCCUGGUUGACAGCUGCCAAAGCAAUCUGCACAACCGACACAUUCCCUAAACUUCUCUCCACAACCUUCACACUCCCAUCUACCCAACACCAGGGCAUUGAGUAUCGUCUAGCUGGCAUGACCAAAGGAGCGGGCAUGAUCCACCCCAACAUGGCAACUCUGCUAGGGAUCUUGUGCACGGACGCGCCCAUUGGAGCUGCUGCACUACAGUCCCUUCUCACCGGAGCCGUGAACCGAUCAUUUAAUUCCAUUUCAAUUGACGGCGACACCUCGACAAACGACACGGUGGCCAUUCUCGCGAAUGGCGCGGCCUCGCCUUCCGCCUCCACGCCGCCCAUCGCCAACGACCCAUCCUCGCCAGACUACCGAGCCAUGUCCUCCGUACUAACUUCAUUCGCCCAGCGCCUCUCGCAACUCGUCGUCCGUGAUGGCGAAGGCGCCACGAAAUUCGUCCAGGUCACUGUCCGCAACGCCCCGACUUACAACGACGCGAAAGAAAUCGCCUCCACCAUCGCGAGAUCCCCGCUCGUCAAGACCGCCUUAUACGGCAAGGACGCCAAUUGGGGCCGCAUCCUGUGCGCGAUCGGAUACACGCCGCAUCUCUCUGCCGAAACUGUGGCCCCCAACAGGACGAACGUGAGCUUCGUGCCUGCGCCGUCGUCCAAGAGCGCCGACGAGGGUGUGCUGAAACUACUCGUCAACGGCGAGCCGCAGGCCGUGGAUGAAGUGCGCGCCGCCCGCCUCCUGGAGGACGAGGAUCUGGAGAUCGACGUCGAUCUCGGCACGGGCUCUGAGGAGGCCAGAUAUUGGUUCUGUGAUUUCAGUCAUGAGUAUGUUACCAUCAAUGGUGACUAUCGGACGUGA